CUCCCUUCUUUGUGCUUGUUUUUAUGCUCUGAAUCUUGAAUCCCUGGGCACCAUGAGAACAGACACAGAAAGUCUCUGGUUAUUUGCUCUCACCUCCAAAAUCCCAGCUUUUACUGAAGCAGAUUUUGCAUGGCCAAUAUUACUAGUUAUGUGUAUGGUGGCUUGGCUGGCCAUGACCAUUAUUUACUGGGCUCACCCUGGUGGCCCAGCUUGGGGAAGGUACAGUUGGAGACAUGGGAAAUCAUGGAAAAUCAUGGGAAAUCAUGUACCAAUAGCAGGUCCAAGAGGGCUGCCUCUGGUUGGCAGCAUGAGUCUCAUGGCCUCCCUUGCGCACCACCGGAUUGCCGCCGCCGCCGAAGCGUGUGGAGCCAAGAGGCUCAUGGCCUUCAGCCUCGGCGACACACGUGUUAUCGUCACGUGUAACCCUGAAGUGGCGAAAGAAAUACUCAACAGCUCUGUUUUUGCUGACCGCCCCGUGAAGGAGUCCGCCUAUAGCUUGAUGUUCAACAGGGCAAUUGGGUUCGCUCCUUACGGGGUCUACUGGCGAACCCUCCGGAGAAUCGCCGCCACGCACCUUUUUUCCCCGAAGCAAAUCAAGUCCUCUGAGGCUCAGAGGUGCGAAAUCGCGUCUCAAAUGGCGGCAAUGUUUGGCGACCAUGGAAAAAGCUUCAGUGUGCGCGAAGUGCUUAAACGUGCUUCGCUGAACAACAUGAUGUGCUCUGUGUUUGGAUAUAAAUACCGACUGGAUUCCUCCAACGACGAAGUGGAGGAGCUACAGAGACUGGUGGGUGAAGGGUACGAGCUUUUGGGUUUGCUGAAUUGGUCAGACCACCUCCCUUGGUUGGCUGAUUUUGAUGCUCAAAAAAUCCGGUUCAGAUGCUCCGAACUCGUUCCGAAAGUGAACUUGUUUGUCGGCCGAAUCAUCACCCAACACCGGGCUCAAAACAGUGAAAAAAACCGGGAUUUUGUUGACGUUUUGCUCUCUCUACAGGGCCCCGAAAGGUUAUCGGAUUCCGACAUGAUCGCCGUUCUUUGGGAAAUGAUUUUUAGAGGGACAGACACGGUGGCGGUUUUGAUCGAGUGGAUACUCGGGAGGAUGGUACUCCAUCCUGAUGUGCAGUCAAAGGUCCAUGAUGAACUCGACAAGGUCGUUGGAAAGUCACGCGCCGUCGCCGAGGCAGACGUUGCGGCGUUGGUGUAUCUCGGGGCUGCGGUGAAGGAGGUGUUGAGGCUACACCCGCCAGGCCCACUCCUCUCAUGGGCCCGCUUGGCCAUCAAUGAUACAACCAUUGAUGGGUAUCACGUGCCCCAGGGGACCACCGCAAUGGUGAACAUGUGGGCCAUCGCAAGGGACCCAGAAGUGUGGCGGGAGCCACUGGAAUUUAUGCCCGACAGGUUCGUACCCAAGGAGGGCGAGGCUGACUUUUCCGUUCUCGGGUCGGAUCUUAGGCUGGCACCAUUUGGAUCGGGUAGACGGACCUGCCCAGGCAAGACCCUCGGCCUGACCACCGUCAGCUUCUGGGUAGCCUCGCUUUUACACGAGUAUGAAUGGCUACCGUCGGAUCAUAACCCCGUUGACCUAUCCGAGGUGCUCAGGCUCUCUUGUGAGAUGGCUAAUCCUCUCACCGUUAAAGUGCGCCCUAGGCGUAGGUGAUUUAAUUAUAAAGGAUGGCCUUUGCCUCUUUGGUCCAUCUCUGUUUUAUUUGAUUUGAUUAUCUGGUUUUUAAUUACUGCUGUAGAUAGUGGUGAAAAUUACUACUAGUGUUUAUCUUCACCUCCGUCGUAUUAAAACACCGUGGUAUCUGUCUUC